UCAGUUUUAGUGCGUUUAAUUAAAAACUCAUCUGCUUGUUCUAAAAAAAUAAUAAUUUUCAGUUGUGUUUCGGAAUCUGUACCGCAAUGAGGUCUGCAUUCGUGGUGCUUCUUUUAACUGUAAUUGGGGUUUCCCAAGCAGCAAUUUCCGAUGAAAUCGAAGCAAAAAAGUUUGCCGAACAAGUGAGUGGAAAGUUGUACAAUUUCUAUGAUACAAUAGCUGAAAAGGCAUUCAAUGCUGACGAAGAUGAUUUUGAAUCACUUUUUUCGAGUGUUGAAAAUAUUCGAGCAACUUCCAAGGCUCUUGUAGAAGUUGUCAAGGAUUCAAGACAAUUCGAUUAUAGAAGAUUCAAGAGUCCUGAUUUGCGUGAGGUCUUCAGAACUAUUUCCAAAUCAGCAGGUUUACUCAUUUUGGAGGAGGACUACUUCUCGACUGUUGCAAGUACUUUGAACUCCCUCAAGGAGCUGGCCAGCGAUAAGGAUAUUGAGCCAUACCAAAAAACUGAGGAGUACUUGUCAUAUUUCCCUGAUGUUCAAGAUAUUAUUUCUCAAAGUAACGAUCCAGCUGAGUUGCUGUACUAUUGGGAGAAUUGGAGAGAAAAGAACAGUCAAUGGUCAGCAAUUCAUUUUUACACCCUUAUCGAGUCUUUGAGAACUGCAGCCAAUUUAACAGGUGUUCCUGUUCUUGAACUUUGGUCGGAGUUCUAUGAUAUUGAAGAAAUGGAAGACGUUAUGUUACAAAUUCGACCACUUUACCAACAAUUACAUGCAUUCAUUCGUAAUCAGCUUUUCGAAAAGUAUGGACAAUUUGUUGUUAAGGAAAAUGGACCAAUUCCGGAUCAUUUGUUCCAGCAAGUUCUUGCUCAAGCAUGGACAAAUGGCAGUGUAAUUGAUGAUAUGUAUCCUCACAAGAAUCUACCUCCGUAUGACAAAAUCUUAGCCGAGCAUGAUUUUAACGCUAAUAUGAUGUUUGGAAUUGCCAGUGAUUUUUACAAGUCACUUGGUUUUGAUCCAAUUCCCAGUAAAUACUGGGAUGAUCGAUUUAAAUUGAACUCAAAUGCCGAUACUGGUGAUUGCCGAGCUGACAUAUAUGAUCUUACUUCAAAUGUUCAUAUGAAAUUCUGUCACAAAGUUGAUUUUAGAAAGUUUUUGCAAGCACAUGGAUACAUGGGAAGGAUUUAUUACGCAAUGGAAAAGAAAAAUCUUCCAUUCUAUCAUUUUAGUUCAUAUGACUUGGAGUAUCCUUUGGGUGAAGCUGCAAUUCUAUCUGCCUCAACACCAAAACAUUUAAAUUCAAUUGGAUUAGUUACAAAUUUCAAGUUUACCGAAGAAGUUCAAAUGAAUCGACUUUUGAGAAUGGGAAUUCACACAAUGAUGAACAUUCCAACGUUUUUCGUCCACACCAAGGUUAUGUAUGAUCUUCUUGCUGAAAAUGUGGAUAUUGAAAAUCUUAAUAAGCACUAUUGGAAGUUGAUGGAGGAAUUUGCUGGAGUGGAGCCACCAACAGAUCGGCCAGAUAAUUUCUUCGAUUUUCCAUUUAAAUUUUACAUUGAUCUUGAUGAAAAUACUCAAGCAAGAAAAUUCGUAUCAGAAGUAAUGGGUUAUAAAUUCUACAGAAAACUAUGUGAAAUUAGUGGCGAUUACCCUGCAGCACAGUUGCAUAAUUGUGAUUUCUUCAAUAGCAAAGCAGCUGGCGAUGCACUUAAGCGUAUGAUGAAAUUAGGUUCAUCCAAACCGUUCCAUGAAGUUUUGGAAAAACUUUUACCAGGCGAUGCAAAAUUGAAUGGCGAUGGCUUAUUGGAAUACUACAAGCCAAUAUCAUCUUGGCUUGAGGAUAAAAAUAAGGAAUCAAAAGUAAAAAUUGGAUGGAAUCCAUCAAAAAGAAUUGAUAACGAACCAGUUUUCAUGGGAAAAGGUAAAGAUGGAUCAGUUUUCGAUGUUCCUGACAAGUUUUUAACCGAUCGGUAUAAACCAAUUGGAAGUGAGAUUCAGUCAAAAUUUGGCGGCCCAAGCGGUAAAAGAAUCCCAGUUAAGGACAUUUCGGUACCGGAUCUAAGAAUCGUUACAUCGUUGGGUCGCGAUGAACAAUUCUCCUUAUUUAUUCCCCGUCAUCGUCGUAUUGCUGGACGUUUAAUCGAUAUUUUGGUAUCAGCACGUAACAUUGACGAACUGCAAAGUCUUGCUGUUUACAUAAGAGAUCGUGUAUGCCCAGUACUCUUUAAUUAUGGUCUUUCGGUUGCUCUAUUGCAUCGCCCAGAUACCAAGAAUCUUGACCUUCCAUCGUUUGUUCAAUCGUUUCCAGAUAAGUUUGUUGACUCGAAAGUUUUUAAUAAACUACGCGAGGAGGCUGUUAUUGUACCCGAUGGAUCACGUAUGGCAAUAUCUAUUCCCAUAGACUAUACUGCUUCGGAUCUUGACGAAGAGCAUCGGUUGUGGUAUUUCCGUGAGGAUCUGGGAAUAAAUCUUCAUCAUUGGCACUGGCAUUUGGUGUAUCCUUUUGAAGCAUCUAAUCGUGCAAUCGUGGCAAAGGAUCGUCGUGGUGAACUGUUCUAUUAUAUGCAUCAACAGAUCAUAGCUCGUUAUAACCUGGAACGUUUCAGCAACAAUAUGGCUAGAGUAAAGCGUUUCAACAAUUUUCGCGAACCAAUUGCUGAAGGAUAUUUUCCAAAAAUGGAUUCCUCGGUUGCUAGUCGUGCUUGGCCUCCUCGUUUUGCCAAUACAACAAUUAAGGAUUUGGAUCGUGAACUUGAUCAGAUAAAACUAGAUGUAUCUGAUAUUGAACGGUGGAGGGAUCGAUUCUAUGAAGCAAUUCAUCAAGGAUUCGCUGUUGAUGAAUCUGGUAAUCGUGUCCCACUGGAUGAAACUCGUGGUAUUGACAUCCUUGGCAAUAUGAUGGAGUCGUCGAUUCUUUCUCCAAAUCGCCAAUUCUAUGGAGAUCUUCAUAAUAUGGGCCAUACUUUCAUCUCCUACUCUCAUGAUCCCGAUCAUCGUUACUUAGAGUCAUUUGGUGUUAUGGGUGAUUCUGCUACAGCCAUGAGGGAUCCUGUAUUUUACAAGUGGCAUGCUCACAUUGAUGACAUAUUCCAAGAGUACAAAGAAAGUUUGACGCCAUACACUUUACCGCAGUUGAAUUACAGAGGUAUCACUGUAACUGGUAUUCAAGUUGCUCACAAAGGUGGAAGACCAAAUGUCCUGAACACAUAUUGGCAGCAAUCUGAUAUGGACUUAUCCCGUGGUAUGGACUUUCUUCAAAGUCGUUCCAAUGUUCUUGCCAGAUUCACGCACUUGCAACACGAUAAUUUCGAGUACACUAUCAAUGUUAAUAACGAGUCUGGAGCUCAACGUUUUGGAUAUGUACGUAUUUUCUUGGGUCCUAAGACUGAUGAACGUGGUCAGGCAAUGUUUUUUAGAGAUCAGCGACUUUUGAUGGUCGAACUUGAUAAGUUUGUUGUAUCUCUUCGUCCUGGUCAAACCACUCUUCGUCGAGUCUCCACCGAUUCGAGCAUAACGAUUCCGUUUGAAAGGUCUUUCCGUAACUUGGAUGAAAAUCGUCCAGCCGCGUUGUCAGCUAAUGAACUCGAAUUCAAUUUCUGUGGUUGUGGUUGGCCACAGCACAUGUUGCUUCCAAAAGGCCGACCAGAGGGCUUAAAGUGCGAGUUAUUCGUAAUGAUUUCUAACUACGACGAUGACAGGGUUGAUCAAGAUUUGGUUGGCAGUUGCAGUGAUGCUUCAUCUUAUUGCGGAGUCCGUGAUCGUCUGUAUCCCGAUCGUCGCGCCAUGGGCUUCCCAUUCGAUCGCUUGAGUCGCACUGGUUCUGAUAGAUUGUCCAAUUUUGUUACUUCAAACAUGCGAGUUAUUGAUGUUACUGUAACCUCGGCAAUUUACAACUCUGAAAAAGAUGCUGAAAUAUUCUUACGAGACUCCAGUAUCAGGCUUUAUCGACUUUAUGAUGAAAUCUCCAACAUCACCUACAACAUCGAUGACAAGCUCUUCUUCGCUGCCUUAGACGAUCAAGGAAUGUCCCAAAAAAUUGCAACUUUAAUGUUGGAAAUUUCCAAAGAGGCUAAAAAAUACAAAACUUAUCAAUUUCAAAAUCCGAAUGUAAUCAAGGGUAUUCAAAAACUUCGAUCGGCUGAUUUGUUUGUUUUGGAGGAGGACUUUUUCACUAGUUUGUCAACUUCUUUGGUUGCAUUGCAGAAAAUUGCUACCGACAAGGACAUUUGCAACUACACUCACAGGAGAAAGUGCAAUAUGGCAUAUUUGCCAGAUAUAAGAAAGGUUUUCACCAACAGCUUGGAUCCAAAUGAGUUGCUGUAUUAUUGGAAGGAAUUGCGUCAAAAGCAAGGAAGUAUGGAAAAUGUUCACCUCAAUACUCUUGUCGAACUAUUUAGAAAAGCUGCAUACUUAAAUGGUGUAUCUGUAAGACGUUUUUGGUUCAGAAGUUCUGAUGACUUAGACUUUUUUGCUGAAAUGGAGUCAGCAAUGCAAGAACUCAAGCCAUUUUAUUUGAAUUUCCACGCAUAUAUUCGACGAGAAUUAUCCUUGAAGUAUGGAUCAAAUGUUAUUAAGGAAGAAGGACCUAUUCCAGAUCAUCUUAUGGAACAAGUUCUGCUUCAAGCCUGGAAGAAACAAGGUGUCCUCAGUGAUUCAUUUCCAAGACAAAGAUUACCAAAUUUGAAGGAAGGACUUGAGUCUCAAGGAUUCGAUAUUGAAAAAAUCCUCGAACAUGCUGAAAAUUUUUAUAAAUCACUUGGUUUUGAUGCAAUCCCAGAUUCAAUCAAAAAGGAACGUUUCAAGGAAAUUCCUCAAAUGUACGCUGGAAAAGACUGUAAGGCUGAUAUUUUUGACAAGACUCCAAGGGUAUACAUGAAAUAUUGCCAGACUUCAACAUUUAAGCGUUUCCUUCAAACCCAUGGCAAUCUUGGUCGAAUUUACUAUGCCAUGGAAAAGAAAGAUCUUCCAUAUUACUUCUUCCCAUCAUUUGACUUGGAAUAUCCAUUGGGUGAAGCUGUUAUUCUUUCAGCUUCAACGCCAACUCAUAUGAAUCGAGCUGAGAUUUUAAAUAAUUUCAACUACACAAAUGAACUUUCAAUGAAUCGUUUAUUUAGAAUGGGUGUUCAUACGAUAUUUAAUAUUGCUCAAUAUUUUGUAAAUACUAAAGUUGUUCUUGAUGUCUUGGAGGGACAAGUUCCUAUUCAGCUUAUUAAUCAACAUUACUGGAAGCUUAUGGAUGAAUAUGCUGGUAUUGAGCCCCCAGUUGACAGAAAUGUGAAGUCCAUUGACUUUUCUUAUAAGUUCUUUGAUGAUCUUGCUCAGAACCAUCAAACAAGAAAAUUCGUCUCAGAGAUCUUGGGAUACAAAAUGUACGAAUCGUUUUGUUUGAAAAGUGGCGGAUAUGUUCCAAAUGACCCAAACAAACCACUUCAUGCAUGUGACUUUUAUGGCAGCAAGGAUGUAACAAACGCAUUAUACACAUCCGAAAGAGAUGCCAGCCGGUUUUUGCAAGAAUCCAGUAUUAGACUUUAUCGCUUAUACAAUGACAUCUCAAACGAAACCUUUGCAAUUGAUGAUAAGCUUUUCUUUGCUGCUUUAGAAGAUAAUGGAAUAGCACGCCGGAUUUCCACUGUUAUAUUAGAAAUUUCAAAAGAAGCUAAGAAAUACAAUACCGCAGGGUUUAGGAACCCAAAUGUUGUUAAAGGUAUUCGAAAAUUAAGAUCAGCGGAUUUGUUUGUUCUUGAAGAAGAUUUCUUCAGUACUUUGUCCAAAUCAUUGAUGGGUCUGCAGGGAGCUGCUACGCAAAAAGAUGUCUGUAGUUACAAGGAACCAAAUAAAUGUGACAUGGCACUUCUUCCCGAUAUUCGAAAAGUAUUUUCUCACAGUUUAGAUCCCAAGGAAUUGCAACAUUAUUGGCAAGAAUGGCGUAAGAAGCAGCUUGAGUUUGGAAAUUUGCACUUUAUGAAUGUUGUAGAGCUUUUUAGAAGAGCCGCCGAACUAAAUGGGCUAACUGUGCGGGAGUUUUGGUUCCGAAGUUUUGAUGAUUUAGAAUUUUUCAAUGAUAUGGAAACUGUUAUGAAAGAUCUCAAACCUUUCUAUCAGGAAUUUCAUGCAUACAUACGACGUGAAUUGUCUAUUAAGUAUGGAUCAGCAGUUGUUAAUCAAGAGGGUCCAAUACCAGAUCAUCUAAUUGAACAAGUUCAACUUCAAGCCUGGAAAAAGGAAAGUGUUCUAAGUCAAUCUUAUCCUGAUGAGAGACUUCCAAAUUUACAAGAAGGUCUCGAAUCUCAAGGAUUUGAUAUUGAGAAAAUAUUCAUAAAUGCCGAAGACUUUUAUUUAUCACUUGGUUUUGAACCUAUUCCUGAAACAUUGAAAGAAACCCGUUUCAAGAUUAUCUCGCAAGGAGUUGGAAAAAUUGGAAUUGAUUGCAAACCAGAUAUCUUCGAUAAGACCUCUUGGAUAUACAUGAAAUACUGCAGGACUUCAACAUUCAAGCGAUUCCUUCAAACCCAUGGAUAUCUAGGACGCAUACAUUAUGCUUUGGAGAAGAAAAACCUUCCGUUUUAUUUCUUCCCGUCAUUUAAUUUGGAAUAUCCUUUGGGAGAAGCCGUGAUUCUGUCAGCUUCAACACCAAAUCACAUGAAUAGAGCUGAAAUUUUGAAUAAUUUCAAUUACACUAAUGAACUGGCUAUGAAUCGUUUAUUCAGAAUGGGUGUUCAUACAAUGUUUAAUAUUGCUGAACAUUUUGUUAAUACUAAACUGAUGAUUGAUGUUUUGGAAGGACGAGUGCCAUUAGAGAGAUCAAAUCAGCAUUAUUGGAAACUGAUGGAUGAGUAUGCCGGAAUUGAAGCACCAGUUGAUAGAACAUUGAAGUACAUAGAUUUUUCGUACAAGUUCUUUGAUGAUGUUGCACAAAACCAUCAAACAAGAAAAUUCGCCUCCGAAGUACUUGGCUAUCAAAUGUACGAAUCCUUUUGUUUAACGAGCAGAGCUUACGUUCCAGAUGAUCCAAAUAAACCUUUACAUGCAUGUGACUUUUAUGGAAGCAAGGAUGUUGGAACAGCCAUGAAAAAAAUGAUGAAAAUGGGAUCAGCAACUUCAUGGCGUUCAGCAAUGAGCAGGGCAGUUCAAGGAUUUCCAGCAAUGUCUGCAAAUUCAUUAUUAGAAUAUUACAAACCAUUACAUAUCUGGCUUAAGGAAAAGAAUAGUAAGUCAGGAACGAAAAUUGGAUGGACUCCAUCAACAAAAGUUGUGCUGUAAAAACAUUGAAAGCCCCAACACAUGAAUAUUAAAACUGAAAUUUGUAUGAAACUAAAGUGAAUAAAAAAUGUAACCUAAUUUUUCGCAAA